AUUUUUCAGAUGCCAGUCAUUACUGAUCUCCGUAACCCUUCUCUAAAACAACGUCAUUGGGAAAGUAUUGAGAAUAUACUAGAUCAUAAAUUUACUCCAGAUGAACCUCUAACCCUGGGUAAAUUAUCUGAGAUUCAAGCCUUUAAAUAUGGUGAAGAGCUUCAAGAAAUCUCAGGUCAAGCUUCUUCAGAAGCUAGUUUAGAAGCCAUCUUGAAAAAGGUUGAAGAUUCCUGGAAAUCUACAGAGUUUAUGGUAUUAACUCAUAAAGAUUCGAAAGAUGUAUAUAUAUUAGGUGGUACUGAUGAUAUACAACAGUUAUUAGAUGACAGUAAUAUUAAUGUAGCCACCAUAGCUAGUUCACGACAUGUUGGUCCUAUCAAAUCACGAGUUGAUGAUUGGGUCAAACAACUGGAUCUUUUUGGUAAAACUUUGGAUGAAUGGUUAACCUGUCAAAGGAGUUGGUUAUAUUUAGAAAGUAUAUUUAGUGCCCCAGAUAUUCAGAGACAAUUACCAGCAGAAGCUAAGAUGUUUAUGCAGGUUGAUAAAUCUUAUAAAGAUAUAAUGAGGAAAGUCAAUAAGGUACCACUGGCUAUUAGAGCUGCUACUCAACCUGGUUUAUUGGAAAUAUUCCAAAACAACAACACACUGUUAGACCAGAUCAUGAAGUGUCUGGAAGCUUAUCUGGAAUCAAAGAGAGUUAUGUUUUCACGAUUUUAUUUCUUGUCCAAUGAUGAAUUAUUAGAGAUCCUAGCUCAAACACGUAAUCCAUUAGCUGUACAACCACAUUUACGUAAAUGUUUUGAUGCUAUACAGAAACUAGAAUUUGGUCUGAUAGGUUAUUGUCAAAUAUUUCAGGGAUUAAAAGCAAGAGGUAAUGUUGAAGAUUGGUUAGGAAAAGUAGAAGAAGCCAUGUUCUCUAAUCUACGUAAAUUGACCAAGGCAGCCAUUACAGAUUAUGAAAGGAAACCAAGAGAAGAAUGGGUUGUCUGUCAUGCAUCACAGAUUGUAUUGACAGUCAGUCAGUUAAUAUGGUGUAGAGAAGUACAUGAAAUAUUAGAAGGUGAUUAUGACAGAUUAGAAGGCAUGAAAGAAUUUGAAGAGAAGAACUUCAAGGAUUUGAAUGCAUUAGCUUGUAUUGUACGUGGUGAACUAACUAAGUUAGCUAGAGCCGUACUAUGUGCUCUAAUUACUAUAGAUGUACAUGGUAGAGAUAUGAUUACAGAGAUGGUCCGAGUCAAGGUAGAUAGUGUGAGUAAUUUUGAAUGGCAGAAACAACUGAGAUAUUACUGGGAUAAUGAUAUAGAUAAUUGUGUUGUAAGAAUGAGUAAUUCUAUAUAUGAUUAUGGGUAUGAAUAUCUAGGAGCUUCACCCAGACUGGUCAUCACACCACUAACAGAUAGAUGUUACUUAUGUUUAAUGGGAGCCUUACAGUUAGAUUUAGGAGGUGCCCCUGCAGGUCCAGCUGGUACAGGAAAAACAGAAACAACCAAAGAUUUAGCUAAAUCACUUGCUAAACAAUGUGUUGUCUUUAAUUGUUCAGAUGGACUGGAUUAUAAGAUGAUGGGUCGAUUCUUCUCAGGUUUAGCUCAGUCUGGAGCUUGGUGUUGUUUUGAUGAAUUUAAUCGUAUUGAUAUUGAAGUAUUGUCUGUCAUUGCUCAACAGUUGAUUACUAUCAGAAAUGCAAAAUCACAGAAGUUAUCAAGAUUUAUGUUUGAAGGUCGUGAGAUUAAACUAGUAAAUACUUGUGCAGCCUUUAUUACUAUGAACCCUGGUUAUGCUGGUCGAACAGAAUUACCAGAUAACUUGAAGGCUUUAUUCAGACCCAUUGCUAUGAUGGUGCCAGAUUAUGGUUUGAUUGCUGAAGUUAUUCUGUACUCAGAAGGUUUUGAAUCAUCUAAAACUUUGGCCCAGAAGAUGGUACAGAUGUACAAACUGUGUUCUGAACAAUUGUCUCAACAAGAUCAUUAUGAUUUUGGUAUGAGAGCUGUGAAAUCUGUCUUGGUGAUGGCUGGUGCCUUGAAACGACAGAAUCCUGAUAAACGUGAAGAUGUGGUGUUAAUCAGAGCAUUAAGAGACAGUAAUUUACCAAAAUUCUUGUCUCAAGAUGCUAUACUUUUCCAGGCUAUUCUAUCUGAUUUGUUCCCCAAUGUUGAAAUACCUGAACAUGAUUAUGGUCUGUUACAAGAGGAAAUGAUUAAAGUACAGAAAGGAAUGAAGUUACAACAUGUUGAGAGUCAGAUAAAGAAAGUGAUAGAGUUCUAUGAGACUAUGAUUGUAAGACAUGGUGUAAUGUUGGUAGGACCUACUGGUGGUGGUAAAACCACAAUAUACAAGAUAUUAGCUGAAACCCUAACAAAUCUACAUGAAAUGGGUGAGGAGAAUGCAUUCUAUCAACCAGUACAUACCUAUAUAUUGAAUCCUAAAUCUAUUACUAUGGAUGAACUAUAUGGUGGUGUUAAUAAACUAACAUUAGAAUGGCAUGAUGGUUUAAUGGCGUUAACAGUACGUGGUUGUGUACAGGAUACUACAGAAGAUCAUCAAUGGAUUAUAUGUGAUGGACCAGUAGAUGCUUUAUGGAUUGAGAAUAUGAAUACAGUACUAGAUGAUAAUAAAAUGUUAUGUUUAGCUAACAGUGAACGUAUUAAAUUAACACCAUUUAUUCACAUGUUGUUUGAAGUACAAGAUUUAGCUGUAGCUUCCCCAGCCACUGUCAGCAGAUGUGGUAUGGUAUAUAUUGAUGCUGAUGAAUUGAGAUGGAUGCCAUCAGUUUUAACAUGGAUGGAGAGUUGGAAACAUAAACUGACAGAAGAAUCUAAAGAAUAUUUAUUAGAUUUAUUUAGAAAAUACAUUGAUGAUGGUCUGAAAUUUGUUGAUAAAAAGUGUACCCAGGCUAUUGGACAGGUUGAUAUCAGUAAAGUAACAACAAUAUGUAAACUAAUAGAGUCUCUACUCUUCCCUCAUCGUGGUGGACCGGACUUAUCUCAAGAUCCUAAUAAAUUACAUCCACUGAUCUGUACAACCUUUGUCUUCUCCUAUCUGUGGGGUAUUGGUGGAAACCUGACUGAGAACUAUUGGGAUGCCUUUGAUACAUUCAUGAGGAACCAGUUUGAUGACAAUAGUGAUGCUAAGAUGCCAUCGGGAGGUGAUUUAUGGAGUUGUUAUAUGGAUUUUGAGACAAGAAGACUAGAUUCCUGGGAGAAGAUAGUACCACAGUUUAAAUAUAAUAGAGAAGUACCAUUCUUUGAGAUGUUGGUACCUACAGUUGAUACCGUUAGAUUUGGUUAUUUAUUAGAGAAAUUGAUAGCUGUCAGAAGAUCUGUUUUAUACACUGGUGGUACAGGUGUAGGAAAGUCUGUUAUUGCUAGAGGGUUGUUAUCUGGUAUAUCAGAGAGACAGAAUUAUGUUCCUAUCUUUAUCAACUUCUCAGCUCAAACUAGUAGUCAGAGAACACAGGAAAUGAUAGAGGGAAAACUAGAAAAACGCCGAAAGACUGCACUUGGAGCACCAGUAGGAAAACGUGUAAUUAUAUUAAUUGAUGAUCUUAACAUGCCUAAACAAGAUACAUACGGUUCUCAACCACCCAUAGAACUACUGCGACAAUAUCAAGAUUUUGGUGGAUUUUAUGACAGAGAGAAGAAUUUCUGGAAAGAUAUUCUGGAUGUGACACUGACUGCUGCCUGUGCUCCCCCUGGUGGUGGACGUAAUCCAGUCACACCUAGAAUGAUGAGACAUUUCAGUAUGUUAUGUAUACCUUCACCAUCAGAACACAGUCUGAAAAUAAUGUUCAAUUCAAUUUUGAGUGGUUUUUUAAUGGAUUUCCCCCACUCUGUACGACAGACAACAGAAUCUAUAGUAUCAGCUGCUGUAGAGAUGUAUUUUAAAAUGAAAACAGACUUGUUACCUACACCAGCUAAAUCUCAUUAUGUAUUUAAUCUUAGAGAUUUAUCUAAAUGUGUACAAGGUAUCCUACAAGCUGAUCCAGGUGUUAUUAGAGAUAAUAAACAGAUAUUCCGUCUGUUCUGUCAUGAAGCCCAGCGUGUCUUCCAUGAUAGAUUGAUCAACAGUGAAGAUAAAAUGUAUUUCCAUCAGAUCAUGUCAGAAUUAGGAAAUAAAUACUUUGGAGAGAAUAUAGAUCCUGAAUCAUUUGUAACCAGUCCUAUAUUAUUUGGUGAUUUUAUGAAGAUGGGUGCUAAUAAAGAAGAUAAGAUGUAUGAAGAACUAGAUUUAGUUAAAGUUAAAACAGUACUUGAAAAUUAUUUAGAUGAUUAUAACCUACAGUCAUCUAAAGAAAUGAAGCUAGUAUUUUUCUUAGAUGCUAUAGAACAUGUAGCUCGUAUUGUACGUAUGAUAGAACAAGAACGUGGUAAUGCUUUAUUAGUUGGUGUUGGUGGUACUGGUAAACAAUCCUUGACUAGAUUAGCUGCUAGUAUUUGUGGAUAUCAGUGUGUACAGAUUGAAUUAUGUAGAGGCUAUGAUUAUGCUGCUUUCCAUGAAGAUUUGAAGAAAUUAUAUUUCUUGGCCGGUGUUGAAAAUAAAAAUACAGUUUUCCUCUUUACUGAUACACAGAUUGUAGUAGAAGAGUUUUUAGAAGAUAUUAAUAAUAUAUUGAAUUCUGGUGAAGUACCCAAUCUAUUUGAACCUGAUGAAUAUGAGAGAUUAAUCAUAGGAUGUCGUCCAGGAGCUAAAGAAGCUGGUAUACCAGAAGGCAACAGAGAUUUAAUUUAUGAAUUCUGCAUCAAUAGAGUCAGAAAUAACCUCCAUAUUGUACUAUGUAUGAGUCCAGUUGGUAGUGCCUUUAGAUCUAGAUGUAGAAUGUUCCCAUCUUUAGUCAACUGUUGUACAAUUGAUUGGUUUAUUGAGUGGCCUAAAGAAGCUUUACUUGGUGUAUCCAAAUCAUUCUUUGAAUCUGUGGAAUUGGGCUCUGAAGAUUUGAAGGAGAGAGUAUCAGAGAUGUGUGUAGAAAUACAUACUAGUGUUAGUCAUAUGGCUGAUAGAUUUUAUUCUGAAUUAAAGAGAAGAUAUUAUACUACACCAACAUCUUAUUUAGAAUUAAUCAAUCUGUAUUUAUCAAUGUUAUCAGAAAGAACAAAAGUAUUAAAGUCAGCUAAAGACAGAGUAAAGAAUGGUUUAUUAAAACUAUUAGAGACUAAUGAUGUAGUAGAUAAAAUGAAGAUAGAAUUAGUAGGUCUAGAACCAGAAUUAAAGAAAAAAUCUGAAAGUACACAAAAAUUGAUGGAAACAUUGGUUAUUGAUCAAGAGAAGGCUGAUAAUGUAAUAAUGGAAGAUGAAGCUGUAGCUAAAGUUAAAGCAGAAGAAACACAAGUUAUAGCUAAAGAUGCCCAAAAAGAUUUAGAUGAGGCUUUGCCAGCUUUAGAAGCCUCAAUUAAGGCCCUGGAUUCUCUAGAUAAGAGUGAUAUUGCUGAGAUUCGUGUAUUUUCUAAACCACCAGAAUUAGUACAAACUGUCAUGGAGGCUGUGUGUAUUCUCAUGGGGGCCAAAACUGAUUGGGCCACUGCUAAAGUACAACUAGGAGAUGCUAAUUUCUUGAAGAAACUUUAUGAAUACGACAAAGAUAAUAUCCCCGAUGGAAUUUUAAAGAAAUUGAAGAAAUAUAUUGAUAAUCCUAAAUUUAUACCAGAAGCUGUAGAAAAAGUCUCAAAGGCUUGUAAAUCUAUGUGUAUGUGGGUAAGAGCUAUGGAUCUAUAUGCUAGGGUCUUCAGAACUGUGGAACCAAAAAGACAGAGACUAGCUGCAGCAGAAGCAGAAUUGGCACAAACCAUGAAGAAAUUAAAAGAGAAACAAGAUCAGUUAGCAGAAGUUGAGAGUAAAAUAGCUGAACUACAGAAAUCUUAUGAUGACAGUGUAUCAGAGAAACAGAAAUUAGAGAGAAAUAUUUCAACUACUGCUGCUAGAUUAAAGAGAGCUUCUAAAUUGACAACAGCUCUUGGUGAUGAACAAAUCAGAUGGGAAGAGAGUGUCAAGGAAUUUGAAAAAGAAAUUGGUAAUGUGGUUGGAGAUGUCUUUAUAUCUGCUGCCUGUGUGGCCUACUAUGGUGCCUUCACCAGUACCUACCGUCAAGAAUUGGUCUCAAACUGGACUCAAAGAUGUCAAGAACUAGAAAUUCCUGUUACAGAAGGCAUGACUUUAGAGAAAGUUUUAGCAGAUCCAUUUGAAAUUAGACAAUGGAAUUCUGAUGGAUUACCAAGAGAUCAAGUCUCAACUGAAAAUGCUAUUUUGGUUACACGUGGAAGACGUUGGCCAUUGAUGAUUGAUCCACAAGAACAGGCCAAUAGAUGGAUUCGUAAUAGAGAGUCUAAGAAUGGAUUAAAAGUAAUCAAGUUAUCAGAUGGACAGUUUUUACGUACAUUAGAGAACUGUAUACGUAUUGGUAUGCCAGUAUUACUAGAAGAUGUAGAGGAAACAUUAGAUCCUGCUCUGGAACCUAUUUUACUCAAACAAACAUUUACUUCUGCUGGUAGAUUGUUGAUACGUUUAGGUGAUAGUGAUAUAGAUUAUGACAGAAACUUUAGAUUUUAUAUGACAACUAAAAUGUCUAAUCCACAUUAUUUACCUGAAAUUUGUAUUAAAGUUACUAUUAUUAACUUUACUGUUACUAAAUCAGGAUUAGAAGAUCAGUUACUUAGUGAUGUAGUGAGGUUAGAGAGACCAGAUUUAGAAGAACAGAGAAAUCAGUUAAUAACACGAAUUAAUGCUGAUAAAAAUCAACUGAAGGCUAUAGAAGACAGAAUAUUAAAAUUAUUAUUUGAAUCUGAAGGAAAUAUUCUGGAUAACGAAGAAUUGAUUAAUACUUUGAAUGAAUCCAAGGUGACAUCUGGAGUUAUUACACAGAGAUUAACAGAAGCUGAACAGACAGAAGCUAAGAUCAGCAUUGCUAGAGAGAAAUAUAGACCUGUAGCUACCAGAGGGUCUGUUAUGUAUUUUGUAGUAGCUGAUAUGGGAGAAGUAGAUCCUAUGUACCAAUUCUCAUUGAAGUACUUCAAACAGUUAUUUAAUGCUACAAUAGAAACUAGUGAGAAGAAUGAUGAUUUAGAUAAAAGAUUACAGAUUUGUUUAGAUCAAACUACUAUGUGUGUUUAUAAAAACGUUGCUAGGUCUCUAUUUGAGAAAGAUAAACUGGUAUUUUCAUUCAUGUUAUGUGGUGAGAUAAUGAAAACAGCUGGAUUAAUAACUCUAAAUCAGUGGAACUUUUUCUUACGUGGUGCUGCUGGUAUGGAUAAGGAAAGACCACCUAAACCUGAUGUACCUUGGUUAAACCAACAGACAUGGAAUACAGCUUGUGAUCUACAUGAUAAUUUACCAUUAUUUAAAAAUAUACAUCUAGAAUUAACUAAAACACCAGUCUGGGUUCGACUGGGUGAAAUAGAGAUCCAUGCUAACCCUGAAGAAAGUGAACUGUAUGGUCCUCUACCACCAGAACCUGAACAAGCUAUUGAAGGUCAAGAUUCUACUCCUGCUGAAGGUGAAGAAAUCAAGGGACAUUGGAAUAAACGUUUGACAACAUUCCAGAAACUCAUGUUUAUCAAGGCUUUCUCUGAGGAAAAGACAACUUUUGCUACAACAGAUUUUGUGAAGAUAAAUCUUGGACAACCGUUUGUAGAAAGUCCACCUAUUGGGUUAAAUGAGUUAUAUGAAGAUAUGACUAAGAUAAUACCCCUUGUCUUUGUUCUCAGCCCUGGCUCUGAUCCCAUGGGAAACUUCCUUCGAUUUGCCAAAGAAUCCGGCUUUCAGGACAGAAUCCAGUCUAUAUCAUUGGGUCAAGGUCAAGGCCCAGUUGCAGAGAAAAUGAUAUUAAGUGCCGUUAAAAAUGGUGAUUGGAUUUUCUUACAGAAUUGUCACUUGGCCGCCUCGUGGAUGGUAUCAAUGGAGAACCUAGUCAAGAAUCUGACAGAAACACCUAGUGAAAUACAUGAUGAAUACAGACUAUUUUUAAGUUCUAUGCCAGCUAAACACUUCCCUGUUAGUGUUCUACAGAACAGUGUUAAAGUCACUAAUGAACCACCUAAAGGUCUACGUGCCAAUAUGAGAAGAGCUUUUGGUGAAAUUACACCUAGUUUCUUUGAAGAAAAUGUGCUAGGUACAGAUUGGAGAAGAAUGGUAUUUGGUCUCUGUUUCUUUCAUGCUAUUAUAUUAGAAAGAAAGAAAUUCGGUCCCCUUGGUUGGAACAUUAAAUAUGAAUUCAGCGAUAGUGACCGAGAGUGUGCCUUACUGAAUCUACAGAUGUUUUGUAGUGACGGUGUAAUACCUUGGGACACUCUAGUCUACAUUACCUCUGAGAUUACCUAUGGAGGUCGUGUAACUGAUUUCUUAGAUCAGAGAUGUUUACGUACUGUAUUAAAAAUAUUCUUUACUGAAAAAUCAUUACAAGAAGAUUAUAAAUAUUCACCCUCAGGAAUUUACUAUGCUCCACGUUAUGACACAUUAGGAGAAUUCAAACAAUACAUAGAGGAUCUUCCCUUAAUAGAUCCCCCAGAGAUAUUUGGUAUGCAUGAAAACGCCAACAUUGCCUUCCAAACAGAAGAAACUUAUAAACUUAUCCACACUAUAUUGGAAGUACAACCGCGCCUAUCUACCGGAGGUACUGGCAAGUCUAAUGAUGAUAUUGUAUAUGAAUUAGCUGAGAGUAUUCUAGGUAAACUAAUGGAUAAGUUAGAUGUUGAGGAAGCUGGUAAAGAAAUGUUUGAGAAAGAUGAAAAGGGAAGAGUAAAUUCAUUAACAACAGUGCUAACACAAGAAGUUGAUAGAUUCAAUAAAUUAUUAAAAGUUAUAAAGGAAUCUCUCAUAGAACUACAGAAAGCAAUCAAAGGUUUUGUCGUGAUGAGUGAAGAAUUAGAAAGAAUUUACAAUGCCUUCCUAAACAAUCAAGUUCCUGAUCUUUGGGGUAACGCUGCCUACCCAUCAUUGAAACCCUUGGGUAGUUGGGUACAAGACUUGGUGUACAGAUGUGCUUUUAUCAAUAACUGGAUUCAACAUGGUCAGCCUAAAUCAUAUUGGCUUUCCGGAUUCUUCUUCCCUCAAGGUUUCUUGACUGGAACUCUACAGAAUUAUGCCAGAAAAUAUAACUAUCCAAUUGAUCAUCUUAGUUUUGAUUAUCAUAUUCUACCACACUACAGAAAUCAGAAAGAAGUAACUAAACAGAUGGAAGAGCUGAAAUUUGGAGAAGAGAUAGAACUAGAUAAAGAGAUUGAAUCCCCUACAGAUGGAGUAUUAGUACAUGGAUUGUUUACUGAUGGAUUUGGAUUUGACAUUGAAAGCAUGCAGUGUCAAGAUUCACUUCCUGGGGUCAUGAACUCUGUUCUUCCCAUGAUGCAUAUGGAACCUAAAAUGGAUUUCACACCUGAUCCCACAGCUUAUUAUUCACCAUUAUAUAAAACUUCAGCUAGAGCUGGUGUCCUUUCUACCACAGGUCAUUCUACAAACUAUGUGGUUGCUGUCUACUUACCAUCCACAAUGCCUCAAGAUUACUGGAUUGCUAAAGGUGCUGCCUUACUCUGUCAGUUAUCAGAAUAAAUGUCAAAACAUUCCAAAUAUUUUUUCAGCAUUAAAAUUGAUAUGCCUUUUAUAAAAUUUUUAAAAAUUUCCAAAGUCUUUGUCAAACUGCUGAAUUUUCCUUUACCAAAAAUAUCUUCCUUUAAAUCCAUUAUACAAAUAAUUGUAUAUUUUAAUAACUGCUGAUAAAAAUUGAAUAUUGGCUGCUGAUAUUAUUUGUAUAUUGGCUGCUGUUAUUAAUUGUAUAUUGGCUGAUGAUAAUGAUAAUGGAAUAGAGUUUUAUUGUAUACUGUUCAUGACUAAAUAUUGAAGAUAAGUUUUACAAGUAUAUAAUAAACUUGUAUACCAUUAUUAAACAUACUGUCAAGGGAUCAUAAUAAAGUACUGCUGGUAAUAACAUGUAUAAUGACUGCUGAUAAUUAUUGUAUAUUUUUUGAUUACUUAUUUUAUUUAUUGUAUAUAUAAAGAAGUGUUUUGAUUGAAACUGUGAUAGCUAGUUUUAGGUUGUUCAUAUAUCAUAUAUAAUUUAUUUUUCCCAUAAAACUUUAACAACAUUAUAAAUAAACUUACAUUAUUCUGGGGCAAAAAUAUUCUAGACAUUCCACAAGCAAAUCCUAUUACAGCAUUAGUUAUAGAAACUUUUUUCUUAAAAUAGCAUUUAUAUGUUUAGUAUUUUCCAACUUUUUGAUCCCAAAAACAUAGACUGGUGUUCUUUUAAUCGGUGAAAUUUGUAGAAUUAAAUUUCAAGUGUGGCACAUUUUUGCAUGACAGCUUUUGUCUGAACUUUUUUUUCAAAUGGAAAUAGAGUUAUAUGAGGCAGACCUACACUUCUUUAAGCAUCAUUACUAUGUUGCAUGUUUUUUUUUUUAAAUCCUAUUUAGUUAAGAUGCCAAAAUUAGUUUUCAUGUUCAGUAUAAUGUGCCUAUAGUUUAAAGUGAACAAUAUAUGUUUUCAUUUAAAAUCCCUCCAUAUCUUAACUGUGAUAAUUUUAAGUAAUAAUAAAAAUUUUAAGAAGAUAUC